AUGAGUUCAUAUCUUUAUCGAACACAAGCAAUGCUUCAAUUUCCUCGUUAUAUACCCACAUUAAUAGCUCGUGCUCAGGCUAGUCAAAAUACUGCGACACCACCAACACCUGGCUCAGGUGUACCAAUAUCAGGUAGUACAAAAACAGUCUCACAAUCAGGUGGAACAAAAAAAGGUGAUUCAUCAGUUUUACCAAAAAGUUCAACAAAAUCAGAUCAUACAAAUCCAACAAAAACAAGUUCUGAUGCACCACCAUUAUCUCAUGAAACUGUUGAUUUAAAAAAUAAAGAAACUGAUAAAACAAAACGAACUUCUUCUUCAUCAUCAUCAUCAUCGUCAAGUGGUAGUAGCAGCAGCAAAAGUUCAUCAUCAUCAUCAAAAGAUUCAAAUGAACAACAAUCAUUUAUGAGUACACCAAUUGGUCAAUUUGGUACAAUUGCUGUUCUUGCUGUUACUAUUUAUGCCGGUUAUAAAAUGAUGAGUGGUAAUAAAAAUGAUUUAAAAAAUAAUGACCAUUAUAAACGAGCUACAGCUGAUUACCAAGCAGCUAAUACUCAAGGUACUGAUGUAAGAAAAUAA